AGUCUAUGAAACGAUAGUGUAGCUAUAGCUGGAGAGACGUGUGUGUGGUGUGCCUAUCCGAUGUUUGAGUUGGGGAUAAUCGGAUACGUCGUCAUCGGUGGGUGUACAACGGAUGAUGAUUGGACAAACUUGUCAGACGGUUGGUCCUUCUGUCGGAGUCCCUCGAGACCGUCCGUUGCCCACCACCGCUGCCACACCCAGAUUAUCCCCUUCAAGCUCCAAGCUUUAUCCCCUUUCACCAGCACCGUGCUGCGUUCGGCCUUUUGUGCGAUUGUGCGACUGCGGCCCACGCCGUCCACGAUCCUACGCAGCGCCCGACAUCGGCUUUGAAAACUCGACCAAUCAGCUAUAGCUAGUAUGUGCCAAGUCCGUCACGCAUUUCGAUUCUUCGACUUCAUAUUAUCUUUCUAGCCACUAUCUCCCUCUCCUUUCCCUUUUGAUUUUUUUACUUUUCCUCCUCGUUUUAUCAUCACAGUUAUCUCCUUUUUCUCUGCUCUCCCCUCCC